AUGAGGAGAAGGGGUGCGAAACUCGAACCGGUUGAGACCUCCAAUGCGGAUGAGAUUCGUUACAGAGGCGUGAGGAAACGUCCAUGGGGACGAUACGCGGCGGAGAUCCGAGAUCCGGUUAGGAAAACUCGGGUCUGGCUCGGGACGUUCGACACGGCUCACCAAGCGGCGUGUGCUUACGACGCUGCGGCGCGUGAGUUUCGAGGCGCCAAGGCUAAGACCAAUUUCCCGACGCCUCUCGAGCUUCAUGAGAAACUGGCGUUCAUAGGCGGCAGUUACGGUUACGGUUACGGUUACGCUCGUAGUCCUAGUCACAGCAGCACCCUCGAUCCCGCCUAUCGUACGGCUGCGCGAGUGGUGACACCUCCACAUCUCGAGCUCAGCUUAGGCCGCGGCGGCGGCGGCGGCGGCAGACGCCCGCGUUAUCAGAUUCCGGUUGCGCGUCCUGUUUACUACUAUAACAGUAACAUGAAGGCGUUUCCGGCGGCGGCGGCGACGUGUGGGGUCCAGAGCGAGUCUGAUUCGUCUUCGGUCCUUGAUUUUGAGGGUGAAGCUGCCAAGAAAUGUCAGCCGUUAAAUCUGGAUCUUAACUUAGCUCCUCCAAGUCCAACGGAAUAG